AUGAUCUUCAACGUUCGCGUAUUAUCAAACAAAGUUUACAAAUGCUGGUUGAGUUACAAUAGGAUGGAAACCGAAAGUGCUGCUCCAGAAACAUUAAAUAGUUUUGCUUUAUCUAAGAGUGGUACAGCUGCUCAGGAUCUUCAGACGGAUAACGGUUUGGACCAGGGACCGCUAUUCUUCAACUAUCACGAAUUCGCAGAGAAUUUCUACGCUGAGGUUGAGUCUCCACAUGAUCCGAAAGAGCACGAUGGGGAUCACAACAUUUGUGUGACUCAUUUUCCUAAUGUUUUUGUUCCCAAAGACUCUGCGGAGUUCCAUUCAACCAGAAUUGUGAGAAUACCAAGACGAUUUGACGUUACCUUGAAUGCUCCGUACUUUAGCAAUUGCUUGCCAGGGUGGGAACCUGCGGCUCUCAAUAGCGAAGAGGAAGGGAAAACGUUCCAAGCUCAUGGGAUCUACGAUAACGAUCAGCUCUACGGGUACUCAUCCGUUAGCCCUUUAUCUUGGUACUUGAGUCAGUCUGAGUUUGCAAAGAUUGUGACACCGAUAAACGAAAUUCUGGGCAGGUCAUAUGGUAUUUAUACAUGGCACAAUAUAGUCAAUCUAGUCCUAGAUGUAUUGACAAUAGGAUGCUGGUAUGUGAUUUCAAGACACUUCUUUGACGAUCCCACCCAGCAACUCGAAAGGUACAUUUCUCAAGUGAACAAUUCUCCCGCGCUGAAAAAUCACAAGAUCAAGAUAAUAUCUCCCAGAAGAUCGGGAUACCUUUCAGUACGUAUCGAAGUGAUAUGCCUUUACUUUUUGGUUCAUUUUACUAACUUUUUCACUUCACUAGUUGGAUUUUCAGAUCCCAAAGCCAUCGCCCUCUUAAUGUUGUAG